CUCUCAUAAAUAGCAGCUUUCCACAUUCAUCAAAGAAACCUCAUUCUUCAUUCAUAACUUUUUGCCAAUUCAAGAAUCUCUCUUUAUUGCUUCCUUAAUCUUCUUCGUAAUUUCUCCCUAGCUAUAAGAAGAUAGACGGUCGACAGAAAUUAACACCUCCAACUUUUAUAAGCUGCACCCAAAAUUUCCAUCGCAAGAACCAAAAUCUUCUUCAACAUUGGCAUUUACUAGUUCUUGAAAUUCUACCAAAAGUUUACUUUUUUAAGGAAAAAUCCAUAGUUAGUGAGAUAAAAAUUUUGAGCUAUGAAAAAAGGGAGAGGUUUCAGGCUUGGACGGAAGUUGGUGAGAGUUUUCAGCUGGUUUAUUCACAGCAGAACAAAGGGAAGAGUUGGACACAAGCAGCUGAGAUCACAGGGAUGUGCUAGCAGAGCCAUUUCAAAGCUAUGCAAAUUAGGACAUAUUCUGAAGCAGGGAGCAAAAGGUCUCUGCUUUGCAAGACCCAAUUCGGGUUACAUCCGGGUCGGGGAAGAUCCUGUAGAGCCGAAGCAGGUGACCGUACCAAAGGGACAUUUAGCUGUGUACGUGGGUGAGAAGAAAGAUGACACGUGUAGAAUAGUGGUGCCUGUGAUGUAUUUUAAUCACCCUUUGUUUGCUGAUUUGUUGAGGGAAGCAGAAAUGAUUUACGGGUAUAAUCAUUCGGGUGGGAUCCAAAUUCCAUGUCGGAUUUCUGACUUUGAGAACGUUAAAUCAAGAAUCGCCGCCACGGGCGGCGGUGAAAACUGCCGUGUAUAAUGGAGCGGGAAGUGCACAUACUGAUUUAGACUAGGGAACAACCCCCUACCUUUGCCUAUUUUCCACCGACGGAAAAGGGCACGAUGUGUUAGGGAGGUUUAGUUUAUGUUACUUCUUUGUUAUACUUGAGGGAAAAAGAAAACUGUCUUUUUUUUUCUUUUUAGAAAUGUUUGUAGUGAUAUCAAACAUUCCGGGUGUGAAGGAUUAAUUUAUUUGUACAAAUUCUUGUAAACCUUGGAGCUCAAUUCUCAAAUGCAUUUAGGUUUUCAGAUA